AUGAUAUUGCAGGAUAUUGCGAACGAUAGGAUCAACAUCAUAGGAUCAACGGAAACAAAGCUGGCCAUUUACCGGCAAAUUACUCUUAAUUACACCGGUCUUACUAGUCAAAUUAUUUUCAAAUCUGAACACAAUCAGAUGUUUCAUACAUUUUUCGUCAAAAGAAGAAUCUUUGCUGAGACUUUUGUAAACAAGGUGAAAGCUGCCAUAGCAUUCGUACUCGCUUUACUGGGUAUUCUGUUCGUCGCCGAAUAUUCCUGUGCUGCUGCCAUCAAAUCCGAGGAAUUCGUUCAACUUGAAAAAAAAUUAUCAAGCAUGUGUAAUUUUGAUAGCCAGCGGAUACGUAGAGCAACUGAAAGCGUAGAGGAUCGACCAAAGAGGAAUUGUUACGAUACAACACCCUGCGGAUGGAAUAUGUACACGACUCUGUGACACGGCAGGCCACAAUUUUCAUGCCGUAAAAAUGCGUAGAGCUGCUGCUACUAUUCAAUGGAGGUCGGGUCACCCAUCCCAGCAGUGUUUCCGCAGUCCUCUUUGCUUAACAUUGUGAUCGCUGGUACUUCGACACUAGGCGCUCAGCCACUUGAUGCUGGUAAUAGUCCAUGUUCGGAUUUCGUUCUAGAGAAAUCAUAGCCCGUUACAAAUUGUAUUAACUAUAUUAUAUCAAUAUAUAUAUUAU